AUGAUCUUAGUGCGCCUGGGCAACUCAGGGCUGAAGGUCUCGCGAAUUAUACUCGGUUGCGGGUCGUACGGAAGUUCAGAGUGGGACAGCUGGGUCCUGGGGGAGGAGGAAGCUUUCAAGCACAUCAAGUUCGCGUUCGAUCACGGCAUCACUACAUUCGAUACCGCGAACUCGUACUCGAACGGCCUCUCAGAGAUCAUCCUAGGAAAGGCGAUCAAGGAAUUCAAUCUUCCUCGCGAGGAGCUCGUGAUCAUGGCCAAGGUCGGGAGGCCCGUGGCCCCGGAGGUUCCGUUCAACUUUCUUCUUCAAAAGAAGAAGCCCGAGGACAUCGGGAUCAUCAACCAAUACGGGUUGACCCGCAAGCACAUUUUCGACUCUGUCAAGGCCAGUCUUGCGCGCCUGCAGCUCGACUACAUCGAUGUGCUUCAGUGUCAUCGCUUCGAUUACAACACCCCGAUCGAGGAGACUAUGCAAGCUCUUCACGAGGUCGUCAAAGCAGGCUAUGUCCGUUACAUCGGGAUGAGCUCAUGCUGGGCCUUCCAAUACUACGCGAUCACGCACAAUCUGACGCCGUUCAUAUCGAUGCAGAACCACUAUAGCCUCCUCUACCGCGAAGAGGAGCGCGAGAUGUACCCUACGCUCAAGCUCUUCGGUGUGGGCUCUGUUCCCUGGUCGCCCCUUAGCCGUGGUCUCUUGACGCGCCCUUUGGGCACCGGGUCCAAACGAGGGGACAGCGAUUGGUACGCAGUGACAUCCUUAUACCUUCCUAGCGUCGAGGAUAUCGCCAAGAAGAGAGGGAUCAGCAUGGCGCAGGUCGCAAUUGCCUGGGUACUCUCGAAGUCGGGCGUCUCCGCCCCGAUCGUGGGCUCUACGAGCCUCGCCAACCUCGAGGACAUCAUCAACGGUGUCGAGUUGAAACUCACUGAGGAGGAAAUCAAGGCCCUCGAGGCGCCAUACAAGCCUGUGCCCGUAUACGGCCACUUCUGA